AUGGCAUGUGCAGGGUCAGCUGGGCCUCACCUCCCUGUGGGCACCAGAUACACCUAUCGCUUUUCCACCAACACCAGCACCAGCCUGCAGGGGACCUCAAUGGAGGGGAGAGGCUUUGGCCUCCAAGGCUUGGCCAUCCUUGAUGUGCUUGGCCCAUGCCAGAUGGCAUUACGGCCCGGCCUGGCCUCUCACCUGACCUGCCUCCAGAGCUUCCAGGCGGGCGUGCUGAGGGAGGCCUCCUGCACAGAGCUGGACACUGUGGGGCCACUCGCUGAGAAGGCUAGUGCUGUGCACAUGAGGACCCUUUCCUCGCUCACCCUGCUGCAUGAGAAGCCUCAGGACCCAGCCGGCACAGAUCCAGAUGACGGAGAUGAAGAAGAGGUGACCCCGAGCAGCCUGCUGUAUGAGUGGGAGGACGCCCCAUCCCAGGCUACAGUGGCCACAGCAGCUGCAUUAGUGAGGAGGCUGUGCCUGGCUCAGACCACGAGCUUUGAGGCCACAGAAUUGUUCCUGACACUGGUGUCCGAGCUCCGGGGCCUUUCUGCACCUGAUCUGCUGGAACUCUGGCGACAUUCUUCCUUUAAGUGCCGAGACAACUGGCAGCCGCUGGUGGACGCCCUGCCCUCCUGCGGCACCGAGCCCUGCGUGGGCCUCAAGACGGAGCUCAUCGUGUCGGGGGAGCUGGAGGCAGACGAGGCGGAGGUGUGGUUCUGGUCACUGGCCUUCAUCCCGAAGCCCACGGAUGCCAUGGUCCACGCGCUGCUGAUGAGGAACCUGAGGCCCCCAAAGUCGGGGCGGCUUGCCCAAAAUGAUGCAGCCGCUCUGCCCUUCCUGGACCUCAGGCCUCUGCUGCAGACCCCGAGGGCCAGCCCCAGUGCCUUCCUUGGCACCUCUGCCCUGGUGCACAACCUCUGUGCUUCUCUGGACGGGUCCUGCGACCAGCUGCCAGGUGUCAGCUCCUUUGUGAGGAUCCUGGGAGAGGCGUUGGGUACAAACUGUACCUCCCAGGAGUCUGCGGAUGCCGGCCAGCUCCAGCUUGUGCUGAAGGCCAUUGGCAAUGCCGGCCUGGCAGCCACUGCUCUCACCCCCAUGCUGAAAGCUUGUGCGUUGCUGGGGAGCAGCGCCCCUGAGAUCCGGCUGGGGGCCAUCCAGGCCUUCCGCAGGGUCCCCUGCUCUGCAGAUCGAUCUGUGCUCUCCCGUCUGUACCAAACCCCUGAAGAGGAUGCUGAGAUCCGCAUCAAUGCCUACCUGGCCUUGAUGAGGUGCCCUGGUGAGGAGGUGUUUGCCCAAGUGCGGCGCAUGCAGGCAAGCGAGCAGUCCACCCAGGUGGGCUCCUUCGUGUGGAGUCACUUCCUGCAGCUGCUGGAGACGGACGAUCCCCUGAAGUGGGCCCUUCGGGACGCCCUCCCCGAGGACAUCCUCAGCCAUGAGUUCCACCCAGAGAUCUGGAAACACUCAUCCUAUUCUGAUGUGACCUUCCGCUCAGCAUCGGGCAGCGUGGGAGCCAACCUGGAGAGGACCCUUCUCUUCUCUCCCGCCUCCUUCCUUCCUCGUUCUGCCACAGUCAACCUGACCGUCCAUGCCGCAGGCCGUGCCUUCAACCUCCUGGACUUGGGGCUCCGGCUGGAAAAUGCUGAGGAAAUUGCUCGCAGACUGUUUGGCCAGAAGUCAUUCUGGGGACGGGAAGAGGAGACACACCCCCUGGGGCCAGAACCAGGGCCUGCAUCACAGCCAGCCAGCCCUGAGUGUCCAGGAGAAAGAUCCAGAAAGAUGAGAGACCUACAGCAGAAGGUGGUGCAGAGUCGCGGCACGCGGCGGGCGCUGCGAUGCGAGUUGAGCGUGAAGGUGUUUGGGCACGAGCUGAGCUUCGUGAACUGCGGGGCGAUGGGGAGCCACAUGAAGCGCCAGUCCCUGAACCUGGCCGAGCUCACCAUCCAGCUCCUGAAGGGGCAGGAGGUGCAGGUGAACCGGAGGCUGGGCCUGGCUACAGAGGAGCUUGUCUUUCCCACCGUGUCCGGCCUCCCAGCCCGGCUGACCCUAAACGCCUCGGUCGCCAUCAGCAUCCGGGUCCGAGGAACUGCCGACUUCCAGCAGCGCUCAGAUUUCUCUGUGAACGGUUAUGUCAAGCCCAGUGCCCUGCUCCAGAUUUCGGCUCAGAUGGGCACAGCAGGCGCCCUGGGGCAGGCCGGGCUAAGGUGGGUGACUGGCAUCCGUGGCAGUGCCAGCCUGGACGGUGGGAUCCAGGCGAGAAAGGGCCGGGACCUCAAGGUGCAUCUGAACACACCCGAGGAGGUUGUGGAGCUGCUAAACUUCAGCUCUAAGCUGUAUCUUAUCACUGGGGAUGAUGUGAGGAGCCUCAAUCACGUCCACAGCCCUUCCGAGGCCCAAUCCUGUACCAGCAAGGAAGGUAGGCAGCAGGGCCUGUUGUCCGACACCUGGGGCUGGCGGCUGUGCACUGAAGUGACCUGGCCGGCAGCUGGUCAGCCCUACCUGCUCUCAGUGCCUGUGUUUGCGGCUGUGACGCUGAAGAAGCAGGACCCGGGGCUCCGACAGUAUCUGCUAGAAGCUGCCUGUACCCUCGACCCCCAGGUGGACCCUAUGCAGUGGCCCCUUAUUUCCCGGCAGGUUGUGGGUCUCCCUAGGUCAACACUGAAGCUCACCCACAGGGACAUGGGCUCCUCUCUGGGGCUCUUGAGCCGGGCUGGUGCUGCUAAGGACAGCUGGUUCCCAGAGGCAGCCAUGGCCCACCUGUUCAUGGGCACACCCGGGUCGGAAGUGCCAAGGGACAUCGGGGUGGACAUCAGCUACAGCGUGCCCCAGAGGAAGUUCCGGCUCAGGCUUCUCCAUCCCAAGAAGAAAGUCGAGCUGGACGGAAAGAUUGAGGCUCUCGGGAGGACCCAUUCGGGUCACUUAGAGCUGAUACUGGACGACAGGGAUGUCUACUACAUCAAGGGCCGGAGUGACCUGCGGCUAGCAGCAGGUGGCAAGGCACAGCAGUUCGAGGCCCAGCUGGAAGUGAAACUGGUGACAGCAGGCAGCCCUGUGGUCCUUGCCGGGAACCUCACGUGGCAGGCGGGCAGGAAGUUGGCGUUCUCGGCCUCACUGAGCUACCUGCUGAAUGACCAGGCCCAUGUGACAGUGCUGCUGGAGAAGAAGGCGGAGGACAGGCUGCGGGUGGUGGCCCUGGCCGGCGAGCUCUUGGUGCCAGGACUGGUGGGGCUGCAUGUCCUGGGCCUGCUGCAGCAGCGGGUUCGCCUCUGGACCAGCUCCCUAAGGAUCAAGUAUGGCCUCCUGGGUCAGGAGACAGAGCGGGCGCACGAGUGUAGCACCAGCCAGAAGCUGCAGACGGAGAACAGCUCAGAGGCUGCCUACAGGCUGGAGCUGGGCCACGAGUUCCACUGCACGCAGAUCCCAGCGCUGAGCCACAAGCUCCAGCUCCGGCACGAGGUGGGCUCAGGCCACCUGCACUCGCAGCUGGAGGUGAGCUACGGGAAGCACUGGGACCAGAGUAGCAACAGGAGGCGCCUCCGCGUCAGCCUGACCUUCAGGAACGACUCGGCGCCAGCCCUGAGCAAUUACUUCAUGGAGUUUGUGCUGCAGGUGCCUGAGAGGAAGGUGGAUUGCCGCACACAGCUGUACCAUUUGAGCCUCUGCCAGCCCCAUGUGGAGAGCAGCACACACCUGAAGGUGCAGCUCAAUGAGCGUCUGCCCUUCGUGGCUGGCUUGUGGUGGAAGGACACCUCCCGGGCCACCCUGUGGAAGUGGGAAGGAGGCUUGAAGUUGGAUAGCCCAUGGCUGAUGGUGUCCGCAGCUCAUAGGCUGUACUGGCCACACACAGCCAUGUUCCAGGCUGUCCUGGAGCUGACGCUGGGCAAGGCCUGGACCCUCAAGGACCUGGUGAUUAGCGUGGCCUGCAGGAGCCAGGGCCACGACAGGGAGGGCAAGAUCCAGGUCUACACCCCAGCUACCACCUAUCUCCGGGUUUCCCUGGUGACAGCUGUGGCACAGAGCCUCUUCCACAGCCAGGGGGACCUUGAGUCAGCCUGGGGUGUGGCCAUGCAGGGUGAGAUCCACGCUGAGAACAGCAGGGACCAGAAGAUCCUUCGCUGCUGGCUGAAAGUCCCCCAGCGGGAACUGAACCUAACAGCAGCCUACAGGCACGCAGAGCGGUUGGAGGGCAAACUGGAAGAGCUGAAGCGUGGCAGGACGUUGUACCAGAAACGGGGGACCCUUUUCUUUAGGCACCCCCUGCACCUGCCUGUCCUGCAGAGCCUCGUCCUGCAGGAGACCUUCACAGCUGAUAAGCAACACCAGCGUUACUCCCUGGAGACCAGGGUUGUCCUGAAUGGCCGAGAGGAGACUCUGCAGACCGUAGUCCUGGGCCGCCAGGCUGGACACCCCUAUGUCUGCGCAGGCCUAUCCCACCCAUACAAUGGUGCGGCCAUCCCCAGGAGUGUGGAGGGAUGCCUGGUUACUUGGAAUCGGCACACUGCUAAGAACAGGGAAGUCGAGACCACUUUGAAAGUCAACAAGAAGGUCGUGUUGCACUUAAAAGGUCUGCACCAUGACAGAUCUCAGCACAGGGAAAUCCGGCACAGCCUGGCUCUGGACAUGGCCCAUUCCUACCAGCUGAGGUUCCCCCAGGCCCUGAGCUUGGGUGGAGACGUCAUCUUUAGAAGGAGUCCCCAAGGAACAUUCAACUUCAGCGCAGACGCCCAAGCUGCUAUCAACCACAACAUCACAUACCAGGUCUCGGCCCAGCUGAACGGAUCUGACUCCCACUUCGUGCUUUUCUUCCAGCUCAGACAUCCCCGUGGACUGACACUUCCUCCAAACUUCCAGGUGCGGGUGGCUGCUGGGCGCUACAAAGAGCGCAGCCUCAACGGUGCACUGUCUGUGCACGUGUCGGGCCAGGAGCUGGUUCUACUGGAGGUCAACACCAGCCAGGACACCCAGGGAAGCAGCCGGGGCUGGGGCAUGAGUGUCGUCCUCCAUCAGGCAGUUCUCAGAGCCCCCAGGGCUGUUCAGCUACAGCUGUCGGGCAAGGUCACUCCAGCAAGGAUCUGGCUGUUUUCCAAGGCGCUGCUGGACCAGAAUACAGCACGGCUUCUCCUCAGGGCCUCGGAGGAACAUCGGGGAGGCUGGGUCCUGACCCUACAGGGCCAAGCCCAGAACACGGUGGCUGGCUGGGUAGUGGUGCCCCACCUCCUGACCCUCAAGGGCACGCUGAAGCAGAAGGAGACACUCCAAGAGGGUAUCAUCAAGGUCACUGCUGACUCAGCCGUGCUGAGCUUUCUCCUGCGGGACAAGCAUGAGAAGGCAGGGAACGGCACCAGCGUGCGCAGCGUGACCUGCGUUCUCACCCAGAACAGCAGCCAAGCCUUGCCGGGGGAGCUCCGACUGAAGGGCCGGCUGCAGACCCAGAUGGGGAGCCUCAGGGGCCAGGCCAGCAUCUGGGCUGACGCAGCCAUCUUGGCUCUGGGUGGGGCCUGCACCUGGGGCCCUGGGCACGGCCAGCUUGCGGGCAGCCUGAGACACAACAUUCGCCCAUUGAGCGAUACAGGACUCCCCUCGAAGGCAGGGAUGCUCCUAUCCCUGGCCCACGUGGCUUCCAAUUGCUCAGCGCACCUGGCGCUGCAGAGCAUGGGGGAUCAGCUGGACACCGCCCAGGACCUGCAGCGCCCAACCCCUGGCUCCUCCAGCCACCGGCUCCAUGCUAGUGUCGGCCACGCUGUGCCUGGCCUCAGGCGCUGGGACCUCCCCUUCUCCACAGAUGGCCACAGGCACUUUCAGGUGACAGGCAUCCCUCGGACCCGGCUCUCUGAGGGCAGCCUGAGCCAGGGCCCCUCUCAGUUGGGGACCGGACAUCAGCUGGGCCUGGAGCUGCAGGUGGGGGCCUGUGAGCUGCAGCUGGACCAUGGGCUGCAGUGGCAGGUGCUGGCCCAGAGCUCCUGGGUGCUCAGUAAGCACUUGGCGGAUGGUGUUGGAAGAGACCCCUCAGCCUCGGCCCUGACCUCUCUGCUCUCCUGCUGGGUCUCUGUGGAUCUGCCCAAGCCUAAGUGCCGGGGCUAUGGCCCUGGUGCCAUCAAGGUCUCCGUGGACAUCCACGACAACGUCUCCAGCUUUGGGCAUUCUGGAAGCGUCUCAACAGGGCCCACAUCUCUCAACUGCUCUGUGCGCUGCUGGCACCGUGACGGGCACCUGGAGCUGUCUUGGCGGGGCGCGCACAGCAUCCAGGCCCUGCUGUGGGCCGGGGUCCCAGGCGAGGCCCGGCUCAGAGCGGCGCUGCAGAUCCGUGAGACCCAGACCCAGGCCAGUGUGGUCCUCCAUGGUGAGGACAGUGGGGUCACCAUGGAUGUGGCAGCCUUGGUGGCUCGGCCACUGAAUGGCACGCUGGAGCUGGUGGUGAACGCCAGCCACACAGUGCCCGCUCUCUGGAGGCUGGGCCUGCCCUUCACCAGCCAGCUCAUGUUCCAAGAACUCUGGGCAGUGGAAGAGAUGAGCGCUUUGCUGCAGCUGACCUGUGAUUCUCAAACCAGCUUGGUCCUCCAUGUCCAUGGCCAGAACCGGGCUGUCAGCAAAGAACUGCUGCUCUCAGGCCGGCAUCGCCUCCCCUUCCUCCUGGGCUACUGCCCCAGCACAGCCUCCACCUCUGCCAAGCUAAGGUACUCCAGGGGUGAGGCCGAGAGUGCAUUUGACUUGGGAGUGGAGGAGCAUCGCGUCCACAUCAGCACCAGGCUGGUGGCUGCAAAGGCCAGUCUCGCCAACAUCAUCAAGCUGGGACACACCUUCCCCCAGCUCAGCGCCCUUCCCCAGGAGCUGGUCCUGCAGACCAUGUACGAGCGAGCCCGUGGGACCCGUGUCCUGCGCCAGACGAUACUGUGGGACGGCCAGGAGGUGGCCCUCAACGGGAGCCUCUCUGGGCCCUUCCCCAAGCCCACCGGGAACCUCAGCCUGCAGGUGGAGCUCACCCACCUGCUGCCCCUCUCCCUGCCACGGCGCUGCAGCCUCGGCCUGUCCUUGGAGCAUUCGGGAGGCAGCCACCGGGACGACCUGGUUGUUGGCUGGAAUGGCAGGGACCAGGUGGUGGUCUCCUCCUCUCUGCGGCUGGGGAAGGGUGAGCUGGCCGCCCGCCUGGCCCUGGCUCAUCCCUUCAACCUCUCCUGGUGGCAUGCAGAGGCCAGUGGCCUUGCUGAGAGCAGGGGUGGCAGGCAGAGCCGGCAGGUACAGCUCACCUGGAACAGAGGACAACCCGUGACCCUGCAGCUCACUUGGGCCGACAGGUCCUCGGCACGCAGCACUGCCUGGGACGGCUGCCUUGCCGCCGCUGCGGGGCAGCUCCAGGAAACCUGGGGCCAGGGCACCCUCCAGGCCUGUGGGGCCUUAACGCAGACCCCAGCAGCGUUCAGUGAGCGGCUCGACCUGUACUGGGACCAACGCCACAUGCAGCAGAACCUGAUGGUUGAGAGGCAUUGGCCAUCCCGGCCAGACAAGGUCCUUGUGGAGGCCACACUGGAGCAUGUCAUGGGCUCCUGUGCCCAGCAGAGCUUCUGGGCAGAAGUGGAGACCGACUAUGCACACUGGUUGCGCCAUUCCCUCCACCUGGGGCUCUGCCACCUGCCCAGGGCCCUCUUGGUCUCCGGAGAGCACACCCUGGCCCAGGGCGGGCUCCUGCUGCAUUCCCAAGGCCAGCUGGGCCUCGCCCCGGACCCUGACCAUGGCCUGCACUUCAUCCUGACCCUCCGCAACCACAGCAGGCCCCAUGCACCCGAUUUCUCCGGGGAGCUGGAGCUCCGCAUCCCCAAGUCCCAGCGGGUUGGCCUGCUGGGCCGUGUCUCUGCCUCGGCUUCUCAAAGCCUGGUCCAGCUGGAGGGCAGUGUGGACAAGAGGAACUGGAAUGUGAAGCUGUCCAUGUCCCAGGCUCUGAACUGCCUUCAUGCCUCUGUGUCCCAGGAGGAGGGGAGCAGAGAAGAGAGUGUGGUGCUGCGGGCAUGUGCCCACGGGCGGACAGCCGAAGCGGAGUUCCUGUUCCAGGACGGCAGGCAGCCUGUGCAGCCCCUGGGACGCCUGACCCUGCAGGCUGCCAACCAGAGCCUCCUUCUGGCUGCACACGGCUGCCAGGGGGCCCUGCUGGACCACGUGGAGUCCAGGAUUGCAGCAAUUGGGUCCCAGGUGCAAGCCCGGCUGGAGAAGAUGAUCCGAGGCUUGGACGCCUAUGUGAGAAGGUUCCAGCACCUGGUGCAGCCAGCGGGCACUCUGGACGGUGUGGCAGACCUCCUCCUGCAGCUGUCCCAGGCGGGGCUGGAAGCUGUGCAGGCGAAGGCGGUGGCCACCUUGUGGGGCCAGAGUCAGUCCAGGCAGGUGCUGACCCGCCACCUGCCGCUCUACCUGGAAUGGCUGCAGGUGGGGCUGGAAGAGCUGCAGAUCGAGCUGGAACGACCCCUGGCCACGCUGAAGGAUGCCUACCAGGAGGUGACACUGCGGCCCCUGGACGAGGUGUGGCGGGAGCGGGCCGAGGAGGUCCUGCGGCAACUGCAGGCCUGGGUGCCCGCGAUGCCAGGCAGUUGGGGGCCGAGGCCCGUCGGGGUGGCCCUGGGGGCUGUGAAGGGCACCCUGGAGCUGGCUGCCCACCAGACACUGGCUUGGGCUGAAGCUACGAUCUCACAGGCACUGAGGAGGCUCUGCAAACCUUUGUUGGGCCUGUACCGCUUCUCAGCCAGGAACUGCUCAGUGCUGGUGACACUGCCACUGCUGCCUGUGGAGAAUGAGCCCCUGGACGUGGCCCGGGUGACCAGCUACCUGCUAGAGGAGCAGCUGCUGCGGCCGCUCCAAGCACUGUACAGGGCCAAUGUGCUUGCCGAGUACUAUCGGCUCAAACGCCGCCUGUGGGGGAGCCCCUUGGAGUACCAUGCCGUGGUGGCCGGGGACCGGCACGUGGUGACUUUCGAUGGUCGGGUGUGGGGCCUCGGCGCCCAGUGCGGCAGUCUCCUGCUGGCCAAGGACUUUGCUCACGGCACGUUCUCGCUGACGCUGAGCCGGGUGGGCUCAGGGCCCACAUUUCUCUCCAUAGAGCUCAACCACACGACCCUCGUCCUCUAUCCCAGCCUGAAGCGGUUAGACAUCUUGGUCAGCCCCGAUCUGGCCCACAGACCUACAGUCUGCACGACUCCUCCGUGCCUGGGGUGA